UAUCAUCGCAUACGCGCAUAAAUGUUGCUUGCAGGAAGGCAGACUGGGCAACUGGGAAGGUGACUGUCAAGAGCAGCGGAAAUGCGUUGCCAAGAUAAUCGAGCCUGGCAUCAAAAAUCGGAGAUGGAGUGUGGUUAACCAUUCCGCAGCUCCAGUGCAGUUUCAUGGAUGCAUGUCUUCCAUGCCUCAACACUCGUCUGUGUAGGUCGCAGCAUCUCUCGGAUCCUAAUGGCUUUUCUCAUCUGACGCGCGAGGAUUUCUGGACAACACCUCGACAGAUUUUGUAUUUACUCUAGCAUCGCACAUAAAACAUAAACAUGAUUUUUAAAUCAUUCCAUAAGCGGAAAAGACUACAUACAUGUGCAGGAGUGCUAUGGUUGCAUACUUCGCUUUGGAUUUUAUGUGCCGUGUCCGGAGAAGAGCAUCGCUUCAGCGUGGAGGCUUGGCUGCAGAAGUAUGGCUAUCUCCCCCACACAGAACCUGGAAUGGCUGCGUUGCGCUCAGCGCAGACCAUGCAUUCAGCCAUUGCUGCCAUGCAACGCCUUUAUGGCCUUAAUGUCACUGGGACACUGAACAGAAACACCAUAAGCUGGAUGAGAAGGCCUCGGUGCGGAGUCCCGGACCAGCUCAGGGACGUGUCCAGUUCCGGCUCCCGGUCCCGCAAGCGGCGCUACGCCCUGACGGGCCAGAAGUGGCAGCAUGCGCACAUCACAUACAGCCUAAAGAAUUUCACACCCAAGGUGGGAAACCAAGAGACACACGCCGCCAUUCGCCGGGCGUUCGACGUGUGGCAGGGCGUGACGCCGCUGCGCUUCGAGGCAGUGCCGUACAGCGCUCUGGAGAGUGGCAAGCGAGAGGUGGACAUCACCAUCAUCUUCGCCUCAGGUUUCCAUGGCGACAGCUCCCCCUUUGACGGCGAGGGGGGCUUCCUGGCUCAUGCCUACUUCCCGGGCCCUGGCAUCGGCGGGGACACCCACUUCGACUCGGACGAGCCCUGGACCCUUGGAAACCCUAACCAUGAUGGCAAUGACCUCUUCCUGGUGGCAGUGCAUGAGUUAGGCCACGCUCUUGGACUGGAACACUCCAACGACCCCACUGCCAUCAUGGCCCCCUUUUAUCAGUACAUGGACACAGAGAGCUUCAAGCUACCGCAUGAUGAUCUACAAGGCAUUCAGAAGAUCUAUGGUCCUCCAGACAAGAACCCCCAGCCAACCAGGCUGCUGACCACAGCAGCACCUCCACGCCAGCUGCCGCCCUCGGACCCUCGCAAGCCCGACCGCCAGAGCCGACCCCACCGGCCCCCGCAGAAGACAAAGACCACGAACCAAAACUCGAAGCCGAAUAUCUGUGAUGGUGGAUUCAACACCCUAGCCAUCCUGAGAAAGGAACUGUUCGUUUUUAAGGACCAGUGGUUCUGGAGGGUGCGAGAUAACUCAGUGGUGCCGGGCUAUCCAAUGCAGAUCAAUUACUUCUGGAGAGGACUGCCUCCCAAGAUUGAUGCAGUCUAUGAGAACAGCGAAGGGAAGUUUGUUUUCUUUAAAGGGAACCGCUUCUGGGUAUUCAAAGACACCACCCUGCAGCCUACGUAUCCUAAGGAUAUCUCCCUGUUUGGCACUGGGAUGCCCACUCAGAGCAUCGAGACGGCCGUCUGGUGGGAGGAACCUGCUAAGACAUACUUCUUCAAAGGAGACAGAUACUGGAGAUAUAAUGAGGAAUUGAGGACCAUGGAUCCUGGCUACCCCAAACCCAUUACUGUUUGGAAGGGUAUCCCAGAAUCCCCACAGGGCGCCUUUGUGGACAAAGCAAAUGGAUUUACGUAUUUCUAUAAGGGGAAGGAGUAUUGGAAGUUCAACAACGAGAGGCUACGAGUAGAGCCGGGCUAUCCACGCUCCAUCCUGCGCGACUUCAUGGGCUGCGACCACAUCCCCAUCGACCCAGACACGGACUGGGCGCCGCCGCAGCAGGAGGAGCACCAGUACGACCCCGAGGACAUGGACGUCAUCAUCAAGCUAGAGAGCGCGGCCGGCGGCACGGAGAAAGCGGUGGCCAUCGCCAUCCCCUGCAUCCUGGCGCUGUGUAUGAUGGUCCUCCUCUACACCGUGUUCCGUUUCAAGAGGAAGGACACCCAGCGCCACAUACUGUACUGCAAGCGCUCUAUGCAGGAGUGGGUGUGAGAGUGGGACGGCUGCACCACGCGGAGGAGCAGAGUUGUCCAUCCAAGUGCCCCCCCCCCCACACACACACACACACACACACACACACUCCCCACACACACACACAGUCUCACCCGCCCAAUGUCCGCCCCCCAAUCCCCCCACCCCAGGUUAAGACCACCUAGCUGCUCUUGCUGAUUGGGUGUUUAGCAGCUGGCAGAGUAGUCUUGCCAUGGAAUCUUUGGGUUUAGGCUAGGUCAGGUCAUUUGGUGUGAAGACCAGGCCGUGCUGGUUGACUAUGGACAGGAAUGGGAUUCCGUCUUUUGGGAUGAAGGUGUUGGCUCUUCCUUCCAAAUACGAGGACAAGACCUGAGUGUGCAAAGCCAUGUUGGACCUACGGCUUUCUUCAAAAUGAAACGACUACACUGACAAUAAAGAGCUGAAGACAGGACUUCUCUCUCUUCUGUACACUGUAGGUACAUCAUUUUGAGUGUGGGCUUGAGUGUCCCUCUAAAAACUGUGGAUGCAGACUGACAACUGAACCAAAUAUGACCUUACUUUCCAAAGAGGAUUGCUUUCGUUUUAUGUUUCUCUCAUCGAUGCUUAUUAUCGUCUCAUUUUAUUGUAUUUUUUUGUUUAUCUUUGCUCUUGCCUGAGGUAGUAACUGAGAGCUGGAGAUUGUAGACUGUUGAAGGAGUCUGUCAAAAACAGGUCCAAACUCUACCUGCAAUAUUUUUUGAAUGCCUUAAAUUCACAAAUUACUUUAUUCUGUGUAUAUCUCUAAGUGUAUUUAUGUAGAUUGACAUUUUGUGUCACAGUGUGUAUAUACAGUAUGCAGUGUGUGUGUGUGUGUGUGUGUGUGUGUGUGUGUGUGUGUGUGUGUGUGUGUGUGUGUGUGUGUGUGUGUGUGUGUGUGUGUGUGUGCGCGUGCACGCGCGCGCAUGCUCCACAAGGUGAGCUAUUCAGAUGGAAGAUUUUACUGUAUAGGUUACCUCACCUCUGACUUGCUGUUCCUUGGAGCAGUCCAGUGGUUUAGGGUGUUAAUUAGCACACUACAAGUGCAUAAGGAUCAGCCAGGUAAUCAGUGAUCAGUAGAAUCGUAAGCACCAACACCUUUAGCCUUGUUGCCAUCUGGAGGAAAGAUAAAAGGCUUUCAUUCUUUAGUGACUCAUGAUGUUUAUUGUUCAGUCUCUUAAUGCAGAAAUAUGAUGGAGAAGUUAUUCAUCAUGCAUACAAUGCACUUGUAUAGUGCUAUGAUACAUAUACAAACAGACAAAUCCCAGUAAUUAUGCAUGAAGUCAGAUUUCAAUUGUUUCAUGCCUCAUAAUAAUUUCAUGACGAGUUGAUAAUUCAUAACUUGCUUUGUCUCGAAAGCAAAGCUGACAUAAUGGGUGUAGUGAAGAAUAGUACAAAUGACUGUUAUAGAAAAUACUGGACAGAAAAAAAACAUUCCUCAUAUGGUUUGUGUUUAAAUGUGAAUAGAAAGAAAUAUUAUAUUAUAAAAAUCAACUUCUCCUGGUUGAACAUACUUUUUAACGUGGGAGCAGAAUGAUAUGCACUGGUCAGUUGCCUUCCUUUAUAAAAAAUCAUUUAGCAUUUGAUAUGUUUUAGAAAAUCAAACUAACCGAUUCAUAUCAGUUUUUUUGUAACUCUGCAUUAUAAGACUAAACAGAAAUAGCAAUCCUCUAACAUGAUCAUGUGCGGUGUACUUAGAAUCCAGACGUCUCUUGGUCACACACCCAAAUGAAUGUGUGAAUUUCAUUUUGUGUGUGAUGUUUACUUAUGUUUUUUGAACGUGAGGAACCUACUCCAUUUUGCCUUGCAACUCAGUGAGUACUGUACAUGUAUAUUUGAACAUGUUGUAAAUAUUUCAUGUAGUGUAGACUUGAUAUGAAUAGGUGUGUGGCAGGCUGUCAGUGGAGUAUGAGAGAAGUCUUCUGCCAUACAGACGACCUAUUCAACAUCACUGUUGACAUGUGGCAUUGCAGACAUAAUCCACAAAACUUGCUGAUGCCCUUUAUGGAUGUUGUCAUCAUUUGAUUCUGAUUUUUAUUUAUUAGACUUAGUGAAGGAUGUUUAAUGAGCCAAAAUAGUUCAAUAAA